AUUAAUCGUAUCGGCCGUAUUCGCGGAAACAGUCACUGAAACAUAUUUAUGGAAUAUUUCAGCGAUGCCUACCAUUUCGGAAAUUCAGUUGCAAAGUUUCAGUCGUACGGUCGCAACUAUGGCACUGCAAACGUGAUUUCUCGGGCGUUUGAUUGUUUCUUACAAUACCAAUGUGUUGUUACAUCAUUAUCUGUUCUGUGAUAUGAAAUUCUUUGUUGGGCUAAGUGAAAUUUUGUUUAAAUGUUUGCUUUGCAUUCGCAGCGAUUACGUAGGAGGCUAAGUGCUCCGACGUCUGGGUCCGCUCGGCGGAGGGCCCGCGAGCGUCGCCGCGCCGAACAAACGCGACAGGAGUGCGAGCGCCUGGCUCGGGAGCGCCGGGAACAACGCCAGAGGGAGAAGUUGGAAGAUCAACGACAGGCCCGAGAAGAGUUUUCCUCCUACGAGCCCUGGGGCCGUGCUGGCGGCGGUGCUCCCAACCCUCAGGGUAUCAGAUUUACCAACAUACGAGCCCGCGGCAUUUACCCAGAAGACGAACUAAGGGGAGUGUCCCAGGUGGAGGCGUGCUACCGUUGGCCCACUCUCCGGCACCGACGUAUUAUACGCCGCACGCCGCUCCGCCUGCGCGAAGACCCGCAACUCUGCUACGCUGACAACCUUAGGCAGAGUGUGGAUAACGACAUCAGAUACCGACAGACGCCGGUGCAGCAGCAAAACUAUAAACAAUUCUUGGAUGAGAUGGUUGAUAAAAGAAGAAAAGCUAUUAACAAAGCAAUUAAAGAAAACUUGGAAUAUGAACGCAAAAUGCAUACUAUGGAGGGACCUUGGGGUCGGCCCGGCCCCGGUGGGACCACGUGGAGAAAUCCUCGAGACAUUGGAUUAAAUUUCUCAAAGUCUAUGGGUUGGACAGAUAAUGAAAUUUUCAAUAAAAUGUCAGGGGAAGAUAAACGCUGCUUACGAUCUUCGCUUACUUUACCUAAAGUAAAGAGAGAUGAUGAUUCAAAAGAAAAUGAUCCACCAGUUAAUGAAUACCUUAAAACGUCUGUGAGUAACGUCGACAAAUUACCGGACAUCAAUCAUACAAAUAGUGCAAAUGCAAAAACACCUGAAGACCAAAAUAAAAGCAAUGGCCAAGAAAAAGCUUUAGGACAAAUUAAAGAGGUAGGAACUAAUAUUGACAAUAACAAGCAUGUAAAAAGUCCUAACGGAAGAGAUAAACCUAAAAAUGGCAAUGGAAAUCAGAAAGGUAACAAAAGCCCCCCAAAGAGUAAAUUUGUCAAAAGAUUAUCUAACGGGGACAGAGUAAGGAAAGUUAUUCCUGACGACGAUUACGACACAAGAGCACAAAAAAACGAUGACCAAUCAAUAGUCUAUGAGAAGAAACCCACACCUGAAGCAACGAUUUUAGGAUUGACAGGCGGCGUGGAGUUGGUGCCACUACUUGCAAGAAGAAGGCGUGUCGGCGCUCGCACUUUGCCUUCUAGCGACGUCACCAGGCCGCCAGAACAAUUCUGUCAGUGGCGGGAAAUGCUGAACAUGGAUUACUUGAGGGAACUAAAGCAUCAAAUGCGUGUGAAAAGCGAACAGAAAGAGGAAAGCCGGCGUGACUCUGCGGAGAGCGUCCGCCGCCACCACGAGACCUGGGCAUCUUUAUGGGGAAGACCCGGACACGGCGCCCCGCAGUGCCGCGGCAAGUACGCCAGGAGCAACCUCGCGCAACUGCUCUAUGUUGCACCCUUGGGGAAUUCCCGCUAAUAUGUAAAAUUAAUCGACUCGACACUGAUAUCGGCAGGAUUCACAACAAAAAUACUUGGAGUAUAGAUUUAUUAGGUACCGCUAGCAAGUAACAAACACCUACCAUUUACACGAUGAUAUACAUAAAUUUAGUUUAUAAGUGAUCUAUCCACCAAAAUAACACAAAGACAUCAAAUUAUAAAUGUUUUAUAGUUUGAUGAACACUGCUUUGAGACUCUUAGAUUGUUUCUGUACUUUAGUAAUAUCGAAUUACACGGUUACAGGAGCGAAAAAUAAAGUUUGUUAUUUAAUUAAGUUUGAGAAUGCAAUCAUAUUUAUUCAUGUGUAUAUUUAUUCACUUAGUGCAAUUUAUAUAGUAAAGCAAAAAUAUAAAAAUAUCCUGCCUAACAAAUGUAAAAAAUAUAGCAAAUAGAAAAAAGUAU